AUGAAAACAGGAAAAAAACUUCUUGAUGAAAUGCCUGAGAGUUAUCGAAAUGAUAAUAUCACAUCAACUUCAGCAAUUGACAUGUUAAUGAAGUUUGGCGAUGUUGAAAGUGUCGAACAAAUUUUUAGAUCAAUCAAAGCGAAAGGUGCUGAUAUUUAUGGUGCUUUAAUGAAUGGUUAUAAUCUGAAUGGUGAAUCAUGGAAAUGUUUUAAGAUUUUUGAAGAAAUGAAUGAAAAAGAUAUUAUUCCUGAUGAGAUUGCAUGGAAUGUACUUAUUGGUGCAUGUUCAAAAAGUGGGAUGCUACAUCAUUGCCAAUAUAUUAUGAAUCAAAUUCCUUUGAAUAUUCAGAACAACAUUCGAAUACAAAACGCAUUGAUUGAUAUGUGGGGUAAAUGUGGUUCAAUUGAAAAAGCAAAGAACGUAUUUAAUUUAGUUAUUGAUCGUGAUACUAUCACAUACAAUGCCAUGAGUAAUAAUAUUUUCUUUCAUGAAAGUUUUAUGAUAAGUAUAGAAAAGAUUUUUUUAGUCAAUGGAUUUGGUCUGAAUGGAAUGGGUUCACAAGCUGCUAAAUUAUACAGAGAAAUGCCUAAUAAUCUACGUGAUCACAUUUCACAGAUUUGUGUUCUUAAUGCAUGUUCUCAUGCAGGUCUUCUUCAUGAAGCUCGAACUAUCAUUAAUGAAAUUUCUUUGAAAACAGAAUCAAUCAUCACUACUAUGAUUGAUUGCUUAAGUCGUUUAUUUAUGUUUGAUGAAGCACAAAAGUUGAUUGAAGAUUAUGAAAAGACAAAUACACCAAGUAUUGCCAUGUAUAUGUCUUUGUUAUCCGGUGCACGUAAUAAUCGAAAUAGUAAUUUAUCUGAAAAAAUAUAUAAACGAAUGAAAACUUUAUUUCCUAAUGCAAAAGAAAGUAUUGUAGCCGAUGUAGUUCUUCUUUCAAAUAUAUAUUCGUCAUUAGGCAGAUAUGAAGAAGCUAAAAAUUUUCGCUCUAACCAAAUAAAAGAGUUGGGAGUCAAACAACUUAAAACUCAUGAUCAUUCUCAUCCACAAUCAACUGAAAUCUAUGCUAAAAUUGAUCGUUUAAAAUCAAAAGCGAUUGAAAAUGGCUUCAUAUUUCAUUCAUCUUGGAUAACUCGUUCAUUAAACGAAAAUGAAACCACGGAAUCUGUUUUAUGUGGUCAUAGUGAACUAUUGGUAAUCGCACUGAAUUUGAUUCAAGAACUUGGUCCAAAAUUUAUUCAAGUUGUUAAAAAUCUUCGUGUUUGUGGUCAUUGUCAAGAAUUUACAAAAGUGAUUGCAAAAAUUGAACAAUGUGAUAUUGUUGUUCGUGAUGCUAAUCGUAUUCAUCACUUUUAUCCAAAUGGUCAAUGCUCGUGUCAAGACCAUUUUUGA